UGGCGGCGGGCGCAGCCCCACCCCUCCCCCGUCUGGCAGGGCCGCGGCUCGGUGCCUGGCAGCGAGAGGAUCGGCGUUGCYGCCGCCGCCAUCGCCAUGGGCACCCGCGACGACGAGUACGACUAUCUCUUCAAAGUUGUUCUGAUUGGAGACUCUGGUGUUGGCAAGAGUAAUCUUCUGUCGCGCUUCACACGCAAUGAGUUCAAUCUGGAAAGUAAGAGCACCAUUGGGGUGGAGUUUGCCACCAGGAGCAUCCAGGUAGAUGGGAAGACGAUAAAAGCRCAGAUCUGGGAUACCGCAGGACAGGAACGAUACCGGGCCAUUACCUCAGCAUAUUACCGUGGGGCUGUGGGGGCCCUCCUCGUCUAUGACAUUGCCAAGCACCUCACCUAUGAGAACGUGGAGCGUUGGUUAAAGGAGCUUAGAGACCACGCAGACAACAACAUUGUCAUAAUGCUGGUGGGCAACAAGAGUGAUCUUCGCCAUCUGAGAGCUGUCCCCACUGACGAGGCCCGGGCUUUUGCAGAAAAGAAUAACUUAUCUUUUAUUGAAACUUCUGCUCUGGAUUCAACAAAUGUAGAAGAAGCCUUCAAGAACAUCCUUACAGAAAUCUAUCGCAUUGUUUCGCAGAAACAGAUUGCAGAUCGAUCUGCACACGAUGAGUCUCCUGGCAACAACGUUGUUGACAUCAGCGUCCCACCAACCACCGACGGACAGAAAUCCAACAAACUCCAGUGCUGUCAGAACCUGUGACCUCCUGUAGAUGACUUUUGUGCCCCUCACUUCAUCUGUGCUUCAUUUAGAAACUUGUGUGCACUUCUUUAUCUCCUGUGAUUCAGUGACUCCCUCUUCCCUCCUUUUCCCCCCAUCCCCAAGCCCCUCCUUUCAUCUUAGAGCUUUAAUUUUAGGGCUAACAUUCCCCUGCCUCUGAAAUCCCCUUGAAUGUGAUGACUUUUGGGCUUGAAAUACAGGCACUGAUCUGAUAGACAUGUUUGUGUUGGAACCUCUGCUGCUGGAUAUUAUCCCAUGAAGCACUCUCCUCAAAUGUGUUAUUUUUUUCUUUUUUUUUUUUUUUCUGGGAGAGAAACCAUGGGGACUUGAUUAUAACAAUUGAAGAAAUAACUACAUUAGGUCACAAGUAUUUUUCCUGUCAUAGUCAGAUUUUCUCUCAUGUUUCUAAACAUGGGGGAGAAAUCAAAAGAAAAUAGCUGUCCUACCAAAUGCUCUGUUCUCUGUCCUGAUAAGUCUCACAGUGAGGUUUUUAGCGGUUGCACACACAUAAGAAAGCUGUUGAAAAUAACAUUGCUUAUUAUGUAAUUACCCUUAAUACAGUUAGUCUGGCUGUGUAGUUUACUGUUUCCUGCUUGGGAAAUAUUUAUCUAUUCUUGUUUUAUUUGGGAACAAUGAAGUAUGUCUGCAUUGCUUUCUCUGCCACCACAGUUGUCUGCACUGCUUGUGCAGGCUCUGUGAAGUGGCUUAAUAUUUAUUCACGGCUUAUGUUAAUCGGUUAAUGUUAUUGUACAGUAAAUGCCAGCAUAUUGAUUUCAAAAACCUUCUGCAACCUGUACAAGUAGGCUCAUUUUGUACUGUAGAUCAGUGUCUGAAAGCAGGAUCUUCUCUAGUUCCAGAGGUGGUUUUUUUUUUUUUUUUUGCAUGCUUUUUCUCUAGCUCUGUCCUCCUCCUGUUUGAGUGAAGCAAUAUUUUCAUGUCAUGUAUAUACCUGCACUUGUAAGGGUUUUGGUUGUUGUAGARAAACACGAUACUUUAUACAUUUUGUAAACCUUCUGCAGAAUCAUAGCAUCUUGUACUUUCUUUUCACGAUCUUUCACUGUUGAUCUUGUGCAUAAUCUUGACCUCUACUAAAAUGCAUAUUAAGAUUUUACUUACUAACUUGCUGCUCCCCUCUUACUGUUUUACUGAAUUUCAAAUAACUGUAAAUUUCAAUUGAUUGUACUUCACCUGAUGUAACGGGUUUGUCGUCAGUAGGGCUAACUGCUACAAUACGUUGUUUUGCUGAAUGGGAAGAAUGUACCACAGCUUUGUGUAGUCACUCUCUUGCUAGCUCGUGAAAAUCUUCUUUGACUGCUUUUUGUCACUCGCUCUUUACAUUCUUGCACCUCUCCAGUAAACACUGAAUGUUGAGAUCAGGCAAAUAGUGGGUGAAACUCUCUUAAGGAAGAACUGGAGACCAUCUGCCGCUCUCUGAAGGCUAGUGGAGCAAUUGGCAGUGAUUUUUUGCUCUGUAUUUUCCCAAAUUCUGAGACUGUGCCUCACUCGAUCAAUACUACCUGCAUGUUGGUGAGCUGAAUUUCUUUUCUGAUACAAAGCAAACAUGAAACUGUAAAUUGUGCUURAAGAGGAAAUCUGACAUUCCAGUCUCAACUGUUUUGUGUCUGGUUAUGUAAUAAAAGUAAGGGCGGUUAACUCUGAUGGCUUUUCUUUUACAAGCUUUCCAGACCAAUGCCUUUAAUUUCAUUCUGUAUACACCUUGAGGGCUCUAGCUCAAAGCUAAGGGGACACGCAGUGCUUAGCACAUCCAUUGUUCGGCGUUGGUUAGAGGAUAGGCUCAAGGUAAAGGAGUGCCUCCUUGCAGUUAAUACCUUUGAAGGACAGUCUGAGUUCCUCUUUGGGCGUCACAGGGUUCUCUCCUGAGGGAGUCAUCAGCUUGGAAGCACUUUGAGCACCUGAUACCUUGAUAGCAUCUAUCAAGGGAAGGUGCAGCAAAUGUGAUCUGGAAGCUUUUUUUAUGGUGGUCCUAGGCGAGGGUGUGAUGUGUGGUCAGUACCCUAGAAGGGUGGCAGAUGAGUACAGCAUCAGAGAGAGUGGAAAUGCUGAGUUAAUGAGAAGAUUUCCUUCAAGAACAAGUAGUCACUAAGGGAGUCAGGCUCCCUUUUAUUUUGAACAAAACCCUUUCUAGAUAAAAUGAGUUGGGAUAGUGUGAGGCAGAAUUGUGCAGUUAAGUCUUGUUGAUCCAAUGUGAUUCAAUGCAUUUACUCUGCAAAAUCUUCUUCUUAACCUGAACUUUGUGCUGCCGYCUUCUCUGCUAGUGACUAGGAUUGAUCUGAUGUGGUAGAAGAAGCUGAAGUAGUCUCGUCAGUUCAGAAAAUUUCUUUAAUCUUUGGACUUUGUGGAAAGGAUUCCUCAGAGUUGAGGGAUAUCUGAGAACUGGUCCAUGCUAGGCAUGCAAGGACUGCUGUCUUCUCCUGCAGAGCUGUUUAUCUUGCCGUGGACUGGUCUGCUUAGGAUGUGAGGAGCCUGUGGGUACAURUGCAUACACACAGAGGGUUCACAAGCACUGUACAUUAAGUGGUGGUUGCAUCUGCCAUAGACAUGGACUCGUUUUCAGCUUGCUUUGCUGCCCUCCUGGCAGGUAGAGAGGCAGCCCUCCUCCUGUGGGUCUGAGAUGACCACCUAGGCUAAGCACAACAAUAACCGUGCCAAAAAAAGGCCCAUUGAUGGCUUUUUUUCUUGGGUAAAAAACACAUUCCUGUUGCACAAAUGGGAAAAAUCACUUUUAAUCUUUGAAUAUUGUGUCCUGUUGGAAGCACUGUACACCUAACAAGCUAUAGCUCCAACCAGAACCACUGCUGCUGGUGGCUACAGCAAUUGGGUAGGGGAAGGCUUGGAGGAAUCCUGUGGACUGUCUAAAAGUCAGGGAAGUUCUGACAGGCCCCACUCUUUACCAGGCUGUCCUGAUGUGGAAGCAACUGAGUUAAGUGUAACUUYACCUGGACUGCUUGAGGUUGUAAAUUAGCUGACUCCAUAUCUCAAAAUGUGCCAUGAACACUUAAAAAAGGGCUCUGCCKCUUCCCAGUGUGGAAUAAGGGGCUUGAGCUCAAAAUGAUGUCCAGAAAGCUGCUUGUGCAAGAAAAAUGUGCUAUACUUACUUCACUUCUAUACUUACUUCACUAUACUUAGGAUAAUUUUUCUGUCUUUGGAAAAGUAACACUAAAAACUGUUGCUUACUCUCCUGUGUCAGUAGCAUAGUAAAUCUUACUUGAAGAUCCCUGCUGAUAUUUAAAUUAGAUCCACCAAUGUAGAACAUAGGUGUAUUUUCUGCUGUUUGACCUGUUAGUUAUGGGGAGAAGAGAGGCCAGAAUUAACACACAAAAGGGAAUUGCUGCUGGGCACACAAACAGAUAAUCUGGUUGAGUACACUCACUGGGGAGAAUGCCUCAGUUUAACUUGUUUUCCAGUUAAAUUAGGUCCUUUCAAACUAUUCCUGUGCCUAGGUGAGCUAAGGAAGAAGUUAGGAAUCGCUCUAGAGCUUUCAUCUUGCUACACAGGGCAAGAAAACUUGGAUCAUAGGAAAGUUUUAAAGCCCUGUGAUUGCGCAAGUAUAAAACUGCAAGGGAUGAGUGUCUGCUCGAUACUUCAUCAAAAUGACUUGUGUGCCUCGACACCAUCAGYGCUUGGUAGAAGGAAAAAGAGCUAUUCUCCCACGUCACCGUGGCUGCUUCUCAGUGCUUUGGCCAGGUUUGCAGCAGCAGAACAACUGCUGCAUCCUAAGAUGCCCAGCUUGGCUGCUAGAUCACUUCUUAUGACCCCAGAGGAGGUGGAAAUGCUGUGAUUUGUGUGCUAGCAGGAGAGAGCUCUCUCCASUGGGCACAGCUGGAUGCUUAGGAUUAU